CCUCUGGGAGGCUGUUGAGUGGGACAGGAUUGGCAUGUAACAAAGAGCUCAAGAUUAGGGCCGUGUUCUCCUGCCUGCUGCCUUGCUGAGGACGCAGCAAGGAGGCAUCCUUCGUGGGCUGAGAACACCCCAGCCUAGAAGUUGCAUCUCUGACAAUGUCACGUACCCUGUGGAUGAUGUGGCUCUUGGAGGUCAUGAUCAGCCCUUCCAGCGAGGGGCCCCUGGCUCAGCCUUUCCUGUCUUGUGACCCGGCUGGUGUCUGUGAUGGCCGUUCCAGAUCUUUCACCUCCAUUCCCCCAGGGCUGUCGACCUCUGUGAAAAGGCUGGAUCUGUCCAACAACAAGAUCUCCUCGGUGGGCCGUGGUGAUCUGCAGAGAUGUGUGAACCUCCAGGCUCUGGUGCUGAAGUCCAGCGGCAUUCACACCAUAGAGGAGGAUGCCUUUGUCUCACUGGGCCAUCUGGAGCAUUUGGACUUAUCGGAAAACCACUUGUCUAAUUUGUCAUCCUCUUGGUUCCGUCACCUUUCCUCCUUGACAUUCUUAAACCUACUGGGAAAUCCUUACCAAACGCUUGGUGAAACAUCUCUUUUUCUUCACCUCACAAAUUUGCGAAUCUUGAGGGUAGGAAAUGACGGCUUCACCAUGAUGCGAAAGACAGACUUUGCUGGCCUCAGCUUUCUCGAGGAACUUGAGAUCAAAGCACCGAAACUCCGCAGUUACGAGCCACAAAGUUUAAGGUCAAUUCAGAACAUUGGCCACUUGGUCCUUUGCUUGAGACAGCCCCACCCACUGCUGGAGAUGUUUGUAGAUAUUUUAGGUUCAGUGGAGCACAUGGAACUGAGUGAUACCGAUUUGAGUUUGUUCAGCUUUUCAGAGCUGUCAGUCAGUGGCACAAAUCCAUUGCUGAAGAAGUUUACAUUCAGAAAGGUGAGCAUAGCUGAUGAAAGUUUUAGUGUAGUUGUGAGACUGAUGGCUUAUGCCUCUGAGUUAUUAGAGGUAGAAUUUGAGGACUGCAUUUAUAAUGGGGUCGGAGAUUUUAGGGCCUCUGAGAUACAAGAAACAUAUCCCAAAAAGGGAGAAACGCUAACAAUUCGGAGGUUGUCUAUUCCAAAUUUCUACUUAUUUAAAGACCUCAGUAAUGUAUAUUCACUUGUAGGAAGAGUUAAACGAAUCACACUAGAGAACAGUAAGGUUUUUCUGGUUCCCUGUUCACUUUCACAACAUCUGAAGUCAUUAGAAUACUUGGAUCUCAGUGAAAAUUUGAUGGUCGAAGAACAGUUGGAAAAUUCGGCCUGUGAGGGGGGCUGGCCGUCCUUACAGACCUUAAUAUUAAGGAAAAACCAUUUUACAGAAAUAGGAAAAACUGCAGAGGUUUUGCAGAGUCUACACAACCUAACCAGCCUGGAUAUCAGUAAAAACAGUUUUCAUCUUAUGCCUGCAGUUUGUCUGUGGCCAGAAAAGCUGAGCUAUUUGAACAUAUCCGGCACACAGAUCCAAGGUUUAACCAACUGCAUUCCCCCCACACUGGAAAUCUUAGAUGUUAGCAACAACAAUCUCAACUCACUUUCUCUGCAUUUGCCUCAACUGAAGGAACUUUAUAUUUCCAGAAAUAAGUUGAAGACGCUCCCAGACGGCUCCAGGUUACCCACGUUGCAAGUUUUGAAAAUCAGCAGGAAUAUAAUAAGUGCUUUCUCCAAGGAGGAGCUGGAUUCCUUCCACAGCCUGAAGACCUUGGAAGCUGGGGGCAACACUUUCAUCUGCUCCUGUGACUUCCUGACUUUUGCGCAGGGGCAGCUGGCGCUGGCCAAGGUGCUGAGCGACUGGCCUGCUGGCUAUGUGUGUGACUCCCCAGCCCACAUGCGUGACCAGCUGGUCCAGGACGCGCGGCCCUCGAUCUCCGAGUGCCACCGGGUAGCACUGGUAUCUGUGGUGUGCUGCGCAUUUCUCCUGCUGCUCCUGCUUCUGGGGGUCCUGUGCCACUGUCUCCAUGGAGUGUGGUACCUGAAAAUGAUGUGGGCCUGGCUCCAGGCCAAAAGGAAGCCCCGCAGGGCUCCCCGCAGCGACAUCUGCUAUGAUGCCUUCGUGUCCUACAGUGAGCGGGACUCUUUCUGGGUGGAGGAACUGCUGGUCCAGGAGCUGGAGCACUCCGAGCCCCCCUUCCGCCUGUGUCUGCACAAGCGGGACUUUGUCCCGGGAAAGUGGAUCAUCGACAACAUCAUCGACUGCAUUGAGAAGAGCCGCAAGACGGUGUUUGUGCUCUCCAAGAACUUUGUGAGAAGCGAGUGGUGCAAGUACGAGCUGGACUUCUCCCACUUUCGCCUCUUCGAUGAGAACAACGAUGCCGCCAUCCUUGUCCUGCUGGAGCCCAUCGAGAAGCACGCCAUCCCGCAGCGCUUCUGCAAGCUGCGCAAGAUCAUGAACACCAGGACCUACCUGGAGUGGCCCACCGAGGCUACGCAGCAGGGAGCCUUCUGGACAAGUCUCAGAGCGGCGAUAAAGUCCUAGGUUCUUGUGUGAAGGCCCAUUUCCACUAGCUGGGGUUGUGUUCAGGUGACGUAGUUGUACAGAGCACAGGAACGCGCCACUGUCAGAUGACUGGCCUACUAAGACUGCAGUUCUAUCUUGAGAGCUCUCUUAUAAAAACUGUGACCAGGUUUUUGAACAUGGCUUUGGUUUUCCAUUCAUCUAGGAGAUCGUCAUGCCCUAAGUCCACACUUGGUGUCUGAGUAAUGUGUAGCAGUUGGCUUAGUCUACCAGGGAAUGGCACAAAUGGGCUCAAGAUUUCAAAUGCCUUGCACUGUUGGCUUUCUGCAGACUCCUGUCACCUCUCUAGAAGCUGAUCUCAAGAUCAACAUGGCAGAAUAUCGGAGGGCACUCAGCCAAACUUGCUGCUAUUCCUAGAAAAAGGGUAGUGUGUUCCCAAUGACACUUUUCAGUAUGCGAAGUCCGUAGCAGGUUUUCAAGGAAACUGUCUUUCUCGGAAUUUGAUUGAUUUGCCUAGCCACAGUUACGGGAAAGAGCGUGUAACACAAGAGACAGCAAGCUUUGUCUUUUAUUUUUGUGGUACCAGGGAUUGAACUCAAGGCCUUAUGUUUGCCAGGCAGGCACUUAUGCUACUGGGCUGUAAUCCCUGGCCCAGCAAGCUGUGUCUUACCCUCAGAACAAAAUCACUGUGAUAAAUAAAAGAUUUAGUUUGGAAGAAUUUGAAAAUAGUCUCCUACAUCAGGACUCUGGUCUCCCUCAGCUUCGGGCUACCUAUUGAUUCCUAAUUAGUGUCUGGUUGGUCUCUCAUUUCUAAGUAGUGUUGGUUUUUAAUUAGUAUCUAGUUACUCUUGCUCUCUGGUCCCUCACACACAUCUUG